AUGGAAAAUAUUCAAGUACAAUCCCCUACAUUACAAAUAACUGUAUCAGAUAAAAAACAAGAAUACUUUGGGAUUUCUGAAGUACAAACAUUAUCUUCUGCUACAGAGAGUAAUAUAAAUUUUUGCUUAGAAGACAACGAAGCUAAUAGAUUGGAUACAAAUAUUUUAUGUGAAAAUGGAAAAUUUAGUAUGGUAGACCCAGCAACUCGGACUGAUGAUAAUAUGACGCAACCUAUAAGAACUGAAGUUGUUAAAUUUGGUCCAUAUCAAGUGAAGGAUUUUGAUUUUCCCUAUUCGGAUAUUGACGGCACAAAAAGAAAAUUCUCUACAUUUUAUUAUACUAGAAAAUUGGAAAAUUGUGAAAUUGUAAAAAGAAGUUGGUUAAUUUACUCAAAAUCAUGUGACCGAGUAUUUUGCUUUUGCUGUAAACUUUUCACUUUUUCUGGAUCACAACAAUCUUUAUUGUCAACUAUAGGUACCAACAAUUGGAAGUGUUUAUCUGAAAAUUUAAAAUCUCAUGAACAUUCUAGCCUACAUUUAAAAGCUGUACAGACAUGGAUUGAACUAAAAUUGAGGAUUUCGGAAAAUUCCACUAUAGAUAGAGCAAAUCAAUCGGCUAUGGAAAAAGAAAAACAACAUUGGAAAAAUGUGAUGAUCCGCAUCAUUGCUGCUAUACAAUAUUUAGCAAAACAUCACGAUGUUCCUCAUCAGAGGAUCUUCAGAUUUAGUAAAUACAGAAAAUAA